AUGUCGAAGCAAGAGUCGAAAGUAUUACAAACAACUACAUCAUCCGAAGAAGCAAAAGAAUACGCAAAACAGUUUAAUGUAAUGCAAUCAGUGACGCUCAUGUCCAGAAACGAGCAUGAACACGAACAAGGAGAACGCAAUCCUACAACACGUUUACCAUCACCCAUUCGAAAAUCGGUGUAUGUGUUCAAUUGGUCUCAAGCAAUACACCUACAAACAUUCAGUUGGAUUAAGCAUUGUAUUCAACGUGUACGAGGUGACGGACAAAAUAUGUGA